AUGGGUGGUGACAAGGGCCUCCUCACCCUUGAAGAGAUCAAGAAUGAGACUGUUGAUUUGGAAAAAGUUCCGAUCGAGGAAGUGUUUGAGCAGCUGAAAUGCACCCGGGAGGGUUUGAGUUCCGACGAGGGUGCCAACCGGCUUCAAAUUUUCGGUCCAAACAAAUUGGAAGAGAAAAAGGAAAGCAAGUUGCUCAAGUUUCUAGGGUUUAUGUGGAACCCGCUCUCGUGGGUCAUGGAGGCCGCCGCCUUGAUGGCCAUCGUGUUGGCCAAUGGUGGCGGCAAGCCUCCUGACUGGCAGGAUUUUGUAGGUAUCGUUUGUUUGCUUGUUAUUAACUCCACCAUAAGUUUCAUCGAGGAAAACAACGCCGGAAAUGCAGCUGCCGCCCUAAUGGCCGGCCUCGCUCCCAAAACGAAGGUCCUCCGAGACGGGCGUUGGAGCGAGCAGGAGGCAUCGAUCCUAGUCCCCGGCGACAUCAUCAGCAUUAAGCUCGGCGACAUCAUCCCGGCCGAUGCCCGCCUUCUCGAGGGCGACCCCCUCAAGGUCGACCAGUCGGCCCUCACCGGCGAGUCCCUCCCCGUCACCAAGAACCCCCACGACGAGGUCUUCUCCGGCUCCACUUGCAAGCAAGGCGAGAUCGAGGCCGUCGUCAUCGCCACCGGCGUCCACACCUUCUUCGGCAAGGCCGCCCACCUCGUCGACUCCACCAACCAAGUCGGCCACUUCCAAAAAGUCCUCACUGCCAUCGGCAACUUCUGCAUCUGCUCGAUUGCCGUCGGCAUGGUCACCGAGAUAAUCGUCAUGUACCCGAUCCAACACCGCGAGUACCGAAAGGGAAUCGACAACUUGCUUGUGCUAUUGAUCGGCGGGAUUCCGAUCGCGAUGCCGACCGUGCUCUCGGUCACGAUGGCCAUCGGGUCCCACCGGCUGUCCCAGCAAGGGGCCAUCACGAAGAGGAUGACGGCCAUUGAGGAGAUGGCCGGGAUGGACGUGUUGUGUAGCGACAAGACGGGUACUCUCACGCUCAACAAGCUCACGGUUGAUAAGAGUUUGAUCGAGGUUUUUGCGAAAGGGAUGGAUCCGGAACAGGUCUUGUUGCUUGCCGCUAGGGCCUCGAGGACCGAGAAUCAGGAUGCUAUCGAUGCAGCCAUUGUCGGGACGCUUGCCGAUCCCAAAGAGGCAAGAGCUGGUAUCAGAGAGGUUCACUUCUUCCCGUUCAACCCGGUCGAUAAGAGGACAGCUUUGACUUACAUCGACUCCAACGGGAACUGGCAUAGAGCUAGCAAGGGAGCUCCCGAGCAGAUUUUGACGCUCUGCAACUGCAAGGAAGAUUUGAAGAAGAAAGUCCACAGUGUCAUCGAUAAAUUUGCCGAGCGUGGACUCCGGUCAUUGGCCGUUGCUUAUCAAGAAUUGCCAGAGAAAUCGAAAGAUGCUCCCGGUGCCCCGUGGAAAUUUGUCGGGCUUUUAUCCCUUUUCGAUCCUCCGAGGCACGACAGUGCUGAAACUAUCCGAAGGGCUCUGAAUCUUGGUGUAAAUGUGAAAAUGAUUACUGGUGAUCAACUUGCUAUUGCCAAGGAGACUGGGCGUAGGCUCGGCAUGGGAGUCAACAUGUACCCGUCCGCAUCACUUCUCGGUCAACACAAGGAUGAGGCAAUAGCUAGCCUUCCUGUUGAGGAAUUAAUCGAGAAGGCCGAUGGUUUUGCCGGGGUUUUUCCAGAACACAAAUAUGAAAUCGUGAAGAAGUUGCAAGAAAGGAAGCAUAUUGUUGGGAUGACGGGCGAUGGUGUGAACGAUGCCCCGGCUUUAAAGAAAGCCGACAUUGGAAUUGCGGUGGCCGAUGCUACGGAUGCCGCGAGAGGUGCUUCGGAUAUUGUGUUGACCGAGCCGGGUCUUAGUGUUAUUAUUAGUGCGGUGUUGACCAGCCGAGCCAUUUUCCAGAGGAUGAAGAAUUACACGAUUUAUGCGGUUUCUAUCACCAUCCGUAUAGUGUUUGGGUUCAUGUUCAUUGCUCUGAUUUGGAAGUUCGACUUCUCGCCGUUCAUGGUUUUGAUCAUUGCCAUUUUGAACGAUGGUACUAUUAUGACCAUCUCAAAGGAUAGAGUGAAGCCAUCUCCUCUUCCUGACAGCUGGAAACUCAAAGAGAUCUUUGCCACCGGCAUUGUUCUCGGAGGAUAUCUUGCCUUGAUGACGGUUAUAUUCUUCUGGCUCAUGCAUAAAACCGACUUUUUCCAUGACAAAUUUGGCGUAAAAAACAUUAGAAACAGCGAGGAUGAGAUGAUGGCCGCUCUAUACUUGCAAGUGAGUAUCGUUAGCCAAGCCCUCAUCUUCGUGACCAGGUCACGAAGCUGGUCGUUUGUUGAGAGACCCGGGCUUUUGUUAGUGACUGCUUUCGUAAUUGCACAACUGGUUGCGACUCUCAUAGCCGUGUACGCUAACUGGGGUUUCGCGAGGAUUAAAGGCUGUGGCUGGGGAUGGGCCGGCGUUAUCUGGAUUUACAGUCUCGUAUUUUAUGUACCGCUCGAUUUAAUGAAAUUCGCUAUUCGUUACAUCUUGAGUGGGAAGGCGUGGCAGAACUUGUACGACAAUAAGACUGCUUUCACAACCAAGAAAGAUUACGGGAAAGAGGAGAGGGAAGCCCAAUGGGCUCUUGCUCAACGGACUUUGCACGGCCUGCAAACCCCGCAAGAUACGAAUCUCUUCAACGAGAAGAGUAGUUACCGUGAAUUGUCCGAAAUAGCCGAACAAGCCAAGAGGAGAGCUGAGAUUGCAAGGCUUCGUGAGCUGCAUACACUCAAGGGACACGUUGAGUCGGUUGUGAAGCUGAAGGGGCUCGAUAUUGAGACCAUCCAGCAGCACUAUACUGUCUGA